AUGGGCAGGCUGGAAGGCAUCAUCAUCCUCUCCGCAGAUGGCCGCCCCAUCGUCCACUCCCACUUUGCCAACGCCGUCGCCGCAUACCCGCUCCUUCACACCGACUUUCUAAACACCCUCCUCAGCUCCAUUGCUGCCGCAAACGCCCAGCUCAGCUCCGCCGCGUCCACAUCCUCGUCCCUCGGCGCAGGCAGUGGCAGCGGCAGCGGCAACGGGGCGGCGGCAAAGCAGCUCCACCCUUCGCGCAUCACCUCGGUCAAGGACAUCAAGCCUGUCCUCUGGGUGCCCGGCAUCCCUUAUGCCUCGCAUUUGCACGACGAUGACGACGAAGAGGACGACGAGGAUGUAGAAGACGACGACGACGACGACGACGACGACGACGAUAGCGAUGGGCAAGGCCAGGCAAGCACCUCGUACGCCUCCAAUGGCCACCAGGGCGGGCCACGCGCUCUGACCGGCGGAAGCGACGUCGAGGGCGCCAACAUCUGGUCGGACUCGGUAAGACCUGCCGCGCCGACGGCAUCGGACUCUGAACCUGGGAGCGUCUCUAGACCGACGCCCGACGCACGAGCCGCAAAGGUCCUCUCGCACGCCAACGAGGCGCUCGCCGAGCAGGGCGCCGCGCUCUGCCACAUCCAGAGCGGCAACCUGCGCUUCCUCUGCCCCGUCUCGAGCGAGGUCGACCCGCUCGUCCCGCUCGCCUUUCUCCACGCCUUCGUCGCCAUCCUGCAAGAGUACCUCGCCCAGUCCACCGACCCCUCGGCUCUCACCGAGGACCUCAUCCGCGACCACUUCGACAUCGUCUACCAGCUCUUCGAAGAGAUCCUGGACAAGGACGGAAACGUGCUCACCACCGAGGUCAACUCGCUCAAGAGCCUCGUGCUCCCGCCCAGCUGGGUCGACAAGAUUGUCAAGGCCGUCGGAGUCAGCGGCCUCGCCUCUGCGGCGCCACCGCCGAUGGUCUCGCCGAUACCCUGGCGUCGCACGCAUACCAAAUAUACCAACAACGAGUUCUACGUCGACCUCGUCGAGAGCCUCGAGGGCAUCGUCGACCGCAGCGGCCGGCCGGUCGCGCUCGACCUCUGGGCCAGCCUGGACUGCAACUCGAAACUCUCCGGCACGCCCGAGCUGACGCUUGCGUUCAACACGCCGACGCUCGUCCAGGACGUCUCGUUCCACCCCUGCGUCCGGUACCGCAAGUGGACCAAGGAGAAAGUGCUCUCCUUUAUCCCGCCCGACGGCACGUUCGAGCUGGCGUCGUUCCGCGUCGGUGCACCGCACGCCGUGCCGCUGCCGCCUUCGCGCACGGAUGCCCCGCUCCCCAGCAUCAGCAGCCCGUGCAACGGCUGGGCCAAGUCGGUCCCGUUCCGCCUCGAGACGUCGUUUGUCCCAGAGGCGCCCACCAAGGGCAGCGGCACCACGACGACGGCAUUCAGCAUCCAGAUCAGCUCGCUGCUGCCGCCAGCCCAGUCGCUCGAGGACGUCGAGGUGACGUUUGGCCUGGGCGCAGGCACGCAGAGCGUCGCAGCCUCGGUCGGAUCCGGUACGGCGUCGGCGAACAGCGUCUCUGCCGUCUCGGGCGGCUCCCUCGGGGCGGCCAGAGGCGGCGGAGGCGGAGGAGGCUCGGCGAGCACGACCGAGACGCAGGCGGGCACGUUCAUCUUUGACCAGAAGGAAAAGGUGCUGCGGUGGCGGAUCCCGCGGGUCGGCAGCGAGAGUCGGCCGCCGCUGCUCAAGGGCUCCUGGCUCAGCUGUGACACGCCGCCGCGUCCGACGGCGCUCCAAGUUUCGUUUUCGAUACCCGUCCACUCGCUCUCUGGCCUCAAGGUGACGUCGCUCCAGAUCCUCAACGAGGCCUACCGCCCAUUCAAGGGCGUGCGGAGCAUGGCCAAGGGUAGGAUCCAGUGGCGCAUCUGA